AUGAUUCUUAUGCAGUCUGCCAUGGUUCUUCGAGUUGAAAGUCGCGACUUAUGGCACCAAGCACUCGCCAAUCUAGACCCAGAUGACAAGAGUUACCUUGAUUUUGACGGUCACGACCAACUGGAUAUUGUCGAGCAGGUCUUGAGUUUAACCGACGUCGCUCAGAAGCAUUGUGAGGCGAAAGCCUGGAGUUUCAAGAGAAAGAGCGGGGAGAGGGUGAUCGUCCGGGACGUGCUUGCGAAGGUAGCCAGAUGGAUCAAGCACUUUGUCGCCGUUGGCGAUGCCGUGGUGCAGUAUGAUCCCGCCCACGCUGCCCUUCCCUGGGCCGGUGUGCGUUUUAUUCUUCAGAUUUGUAUCGAUGAUUUCAAGACCUACGACUUCCUUGUUGAGAAGAUACCGGUAAUCGUACGGCAGCUAUGCCGCAGUGCGUUGAUGGAGGAACUUCUUGCUCACACCCCACGAGCUGCGGCCUCUGAGCUCGAAAGAGCACUUAUAAAGCUCCAUAGCGCUACCAUUAUGUACCUAGCACGUACCAAGGCAUACUGGGAGCAGUCAACCAGAAAGCGGAUUCUGAGGAGCUUGACUCUCUCUACGUCGGACCUUGAAAUCUCCUUUGACAAGAUUACGGACGCACAAGCGGAUGUACAGACAUGCUUCCAAAUAGCCAGCGUACAAGCACAACUGACGAAGUUGGACAAUCUCCGCGUGGCCCUUGACGAGUUUGAUGGGCCAUUCAGUCGCUGGGAUGACAAGAUCCAAAAGAGCAGACAUACUCAAGUGGCUUUCAGGAGAACCUUAUUUGAAGUACCACAAAGCCCAACGGGAAACCUUUCUCGAAGGCACUGGGCAGUGGCUUUAUCACAUCCCACGUUCAAGAGAUGGAAGGAGGAAAGUGCAUCGUCGAUCCUAUGGCUACACGGCAUUCUAGGCUCAGGAAAAAGCAAGCUAACCUCCUUGGUUGUCGAAGAUGGGAUUGAAGCCUUUAAGAGACAACAAGCUCCCCAGCCAGCGUACUUCUACUGCUCACGCAACCCUGCUGAGCCAGAGCGCUCGGACCCGGCAUGUAUCAUGGCGAGUAUUGUACGACAGUUAUCCUCGCUUGACCCGGGCAAGCCGCUUCUCCAACCAACAAUCAGCACGUACCAGUCUCAUGAGGACGAGGGUUUCGCAGCUGGGAGCCUGGGGUUGAAAGAUAGCCGUGACCUGCUUUUGCAGCUACUGGAGAAGUUCCCCACAGCUACCAUUAUCAUUGAUGCACUUGAUGAGUGCCGUACCGACACAAGGCGGCAAUUACUCGACUGCCUGGAAUAUAUCCUUCUCGAAUCUACUACCCUCGUGAAGAUAUUUGUGUCCAGCCGAGACGACCAGGACAUCGUCUGCAAGCUGCAGGUCUAUCCCGGCCUAGAGCUUUCAUCUAGAUUGAACUCAAAGGACAUCACUUACUUCGUCAAGUCGGAAACGGAUCAACUUAUCGCAAGAGGACAACUCCUUCGAUCCAGCACGAGUAGGAUUGAGUUAUCUGCAAAAAUUGUGGAGGACGUCACCGAUGGUGCCCAGGGCAUGUUCCGCUGGGCUAGCUUGCAAUUGCAGCUUCUCUGCGAUCAAGUGAGUGAUGCAGCUGUCCGGGAACGUCUCGGACGGUUACCGCCCACAUUAGAAGCCCUGUACCAGGAGCUUCUUGACAAAAUUCGAGCGUACACCGCUGAUGCUGAUCGACAAUAUGCCCGAAACACGCUGGUAUGGUUGCUUUGUGGCCGGAGGCGACUCAGUUUGAAUGAGUUCCUCGCAGCAGUAUCAAUCAUUCCAGACCAUCCGCCAUCGGCCGUCACCAAGGGCCAAAUAUUGCAACUUUGUCACAAUUUGAUUACCUUCGAUUCAACACAGGACAGUUUUCGAUUUGCGCACUUGUCAGUCCGAGAGUUUCUCGAGAACGAUUACAAUUUCAAUCAGAUGGCAACCAACAGUAUAGUGGCUGAUUGCUGUCGCUGGGCACUAAUGAGUUGGACGAAGCCUGUUAUUUCAGAUAACUCUGACACAACAACCUUUGCCGUGGCUCGCUUAGAAGAUAUCCAGCGAUAUGCAAAUACCUACUGGGCAGAACACUACCAAGCUGCCGGUGAACACAGGAAACAGGGCUCCCUGUACGAGCGUAUGCAGGAUUUCUUGUCAGACACUGCUACAGAUUCAGCAUUCGUUUUGUGGCAUCAGUUCAAGACCUCCUCGGAUGUCGAUAUUUGUACGCAACGGAAAAUACGCAACUAUCAGGCUCACGGCCCAUCCAAGCUGGUCGUAGCAAAAGAAAUAUCGGUAUCCGAAGAUGCGCUGAUAGUUGCUGCGGGAGAUCUCGAGGACAGGAGAGAUUUUAUGAAUCUGAUCUUCGAAAAGCGAGGAGAACAGGUCCAGAUUACCGAGAAGGUCGUUCAGAAAGCUGCUAAAACCUUUCGUUACGGUGGUGACAUCAUCACUUUGUUUUUGCAAAAACGAGGAGAGCGGCUCCCAAUCACUGAGUCGGGCGCCAGAGAGAUGAUGGCUUUCCUUCUGGAAAACCGAGGAGAGCAGGUCCCGAUUACCCAGCAGAUAUUUGAAAGGGCUGCUUGGAAUAGGUUUGACUGCGUAUUCCCUUUGCUACUGGAAGAACGAGGAGGGCAAGUCCAAAUUACGAGCAUCCUAGUUCAGGCCGUUAGCAGCGAGUUUCAGGCCCGACAGACGAUGACUUCACUACUCGAAAAAAAAGGAUACCAAAUUCUGAACGAGGAGGUAAUUCAAGUAAUAGCCCGGAGAUUUGAUGAGGGCAUAUUAGCUCUCCUUUUUGAAAAGCAGGGAGAACAGGUCCGGAUCACCGAGGAGGUGGUUCUGGCUGCUGCCUGGAAUCAUCAUCAUGGCCCAGAGGUAAUGGCUCUACUCCUCAAAAAGGGAGGAGACCAGGUCCAAAUUUCUGAGGAAUUACUUGAGGUUGCCAUCGAGAAUUAUCGAGGCGGCGAGCUCUUAGCCGUCCUUCUCGAAAGAGUAGGAGACCAGGUGCAAAUCACAAACAAGAUGCUUAAGGCUGCCGCCAACAAUGUUUAUGGCUAUAUGACAAUGGCUGUGCUUCUCAAAAAGGAGUAG